AUGGGUGCGUGGGCCACACGGGAAUGCGCGAGCAAGUGGAGGAAAGGGGGGGAAUGAAGGUCAAAAUAGAGAAGGGGAAGAAGAAGGGAGAGAGAGAGAGAGAGAGAGAGAGAGAGCUGCCAUGUUGGGCUCUUCUCCUCCCCCUCUACAUGCUCUUCUUGAAGUAAUACGAGUACCUUCGGUGUUCUACUCUCGCAAUAAAAUUUCAGAUAUUUAUUGCAAUACGAGUACCUUCGGUGUUCCAUUCUCUUCUUAACAGAUCAACGGUCGAGGCUGGUAUCGGUAGGUUAAAUAAAGAACCGGAGUAUCCACCCAUAACAAACCCUCUCUCACCCUUUCCUAGCUACGCUCUCACAUGGGUGCCCAACCCUUCACGUAUACAGCUGGGCGUCGGUAGUCUUACCCUCGCCGCAAGAAAUGAGAUGCCGAGCGAGGUCGUCUUAUCAGCUUCGCAGUCAGCCCCCUAUGCGGGGGCCCCGAGAGGCCACUAGCCGCCAUUUUGACUCUUCUCAUAUCGAGUGUCGACGUGGACGCAGAUGUGGGAUUAUUGUGGGCCACUCCGGACAAGGUUUUCACUCCACAGGCUGGUCUCUGGUCCCCGGAAACUGCCCAGGUUUUCAGUCCCUCGAUUCGUAUGUGUAUAUUUUUGGAUCAUUCAAAUGGAGCUGAGAUUUCCUUCCUAGUUUCAUGAAUUCGACGCCGAAUUUCAGUUUUAUCUGUUCAGUAGGAGCGUAGAUCGGCGGUAGAGUAUGUUUCAGGGUUGCGGCGGAGAGAUUGACGGGAAGGGGGGGAUGGGCCAUGGCGGAGUUAGGGAGGAUAAUGGUUCCCCACCAGUGGGAGGUGAAGGUGGUGGGUGGGUUGCGGCGGAGAGAGUUCCCCUCGGCAGGACCGGGGAGGAGGCUGCAUGAGGCAGCAGGUGUCAAAGCUGGCGAAGGGGACGGGAGGUUGUGACGAGGAAGUGGAGACUGCCACAGGUGGUGCGGGGGUUUCGCCGGCGAAGGAGAUGAGUGUUACGAUCGGAGAGGAGAGGAGAUGGCCGUGGGAGUGGGAGGCUACGCCGGAGGGUGGGUGCUAGGUGGGGAAGCGGGAGUGGGGGGAGUUGCACCGGCGAAGGGGAAGGAGGGGUGGAGUUGCACCGACGAAGGGGGGGAGGGGGGUUGCAGCACCGGCGAAGGGUAAGGUGAAGGGGAAGUGGAGGGGGGAGUCGGCGAAGGGGAAGGGGUUGCAGUGGGAAAGCGUCUUGCUCUGUGCGGUGUUGCAGAGGACGCGAUCCCCUCGAUCCAGAGAGCUGGGCUCAUCCUCAAUCCUCUGUCGCAGACACGAGAUAGUCGGCGUGGUGACCGAAGUGGGGAGCAGAGUGGAGAAGUUCAAGGUGGGGGACAAGGUGGGCGUGGGCUGCAUGGUGAGCUCCUGUCGCUCCUGCGAGUCCUGCGAGCAGGGCUUUGAGAACGACUGCGCCGCCUGGGUCCUCACCUAUGGCUCGAUCGACCGCGAUGGCACCAUGACCUACGGUGGCUUCUCCGACGUGCUCGUCGCCGACGAGCACUUCGUGGUUCGCUUUCCUGAUCACCUGCCUAUGGACGGGGCGGCACCGCUGCUGUGCGCCGGCAUCACCGUGUACAGUCCCAUGAAGCAGUUUGGGCUCAACGAGCCGGGGAAGCAUCUGGGGAUCGUCGGGCUUGGCGGGCUUGGCCACAUCGCCGUCAAGUUUGCCAAGGCCUUCGGAAUGAAGGCCACCGUCAUCACCACCUCUCCGAGCAAGGAGAGGGAGGCCAUUGACAAGUUCAGGGCCGACUCCUUCCUGGUCAGCCGAAGCCUCGAUCAGAUGGAGGUCGGUCGAUCUCGUCCUCCUCCCCCCGCCGUCUUCUCCUCCUCCGCCGCCGCCGAUCAUCUGGAGGGGUUUUUUUACAUCUAUUCGUCGUGUUUUGCUUCUGCUUCAGGCCGCCGCCGGCACGAUGGACGGCAUCAUCGACACGGUGGCUGCCAUUCACCCCCUGGGACCUCUGUUCUCUCUGAUGAAGAAUGGGGGGAACCUCAUCCUGAUGGGAAUGCCGGACAAGCCGCUGAAGCUCCCAGCCUUCAGCGCGAUCCGAGGUAGGAAACCCCUCCCUCCCUCAUACGGGUCAGAUCAGAGCUUCCUCCUCCUCUUACUCUUCGUAUGGAGUGACGAGAGAUGCCUUCUGCGCCGUCAUUAGGGAGGAAGAAGCUGGCGGGCAGCUGCAUCGGAGGGAUGAGGGACACGCAGGAGAUGCUGGACUUCGCCGGGAAGCAUGAGAUAACGGCGAACGUGGAGGUGAUCCCGAUGGAGUACGUGAGCACCGCCAUGGAGCGCCUCGCCAAGAACGACAUCAAGUACCGCUUCGUCAUCGACGUUGCCAACACCCUGAAGGCCGCCGAAUGA